GAAGCGGAUAAAAUCGUAUUAAUACACCUAUCGUCCAAAGCGGAUAAUUCCUCGCAAGCUUACGAACCGCACCAAUGAUCGACCGACCAAAUGGUUUUUAUCAUGGAGGAAAAAAAAACUUGGGAUGAAACAUAUGAGCCAAUCGUUCUUAAGGUUUUGCCCCUAAUACCUCUCGUCAAGACAAAAAACCGUAGAGGUCGUCGGCAAAAUCAUAUCUUAGACAUAAAGUCAAGUUUGGUUGUGUCAUUCUUGGGGUCAAGAUCGACGUAAAAUUACACGUCUUCCCAUGUAUAGUCGGCAUGAAGGUUCUGUCACUGUCGAGCUGUGGUUCAGUCUCUUGGGGUCUGGUCUACAUUGUGUUCGCUAAACAAAUAAAUGUCCGAAUGAGCCACAUUUAAUCUUUGUCCCGGCUAUAUUACUAUAUUGUUAUGUGCUCUUUAAUGUGAACACUAACAUAACUAUCGUAGAAAAAGGAAAACAAAGUGGAUGGGGACAUGUCGAGUUGACUAGCAGUACGAGGACAGGUAUUCGUGGAUGGUGACAGGUCGCCUCUGCAAGAUCGUCACCCAGUGCGACCCACAUCACAUGUCAGCAGUCCUUCCUCUUAUUGAUCUGAACAUUGCGGAAUCAAAGCAAUGAAAGGCUCCGAAACCAACCAGAUUGUUCCCAUCCCACGGAUGUUCAUUUUGGUGCCCCUUUAGCAUCCCAAGGCCAUGCAUUCAAGUGUCCGAGAAAUGUCAUGAGACAGGAUGAACCGUACACUAAGGCUUGAUGUUUUGUGUGCAUUCCGCAACGGGAAUGAUCAGUAUGUUUAUAAACAACUAUUUAUGAUACAUUUCUCGUUACCAUCUUCUUGAACCCGUGAUGAAAGAGAUGGUCAGUCUUUGCGGAAGCCAACAAAUCCAAUUUCAUCCUCGUCUGUGGAAAGUCUCGCAUAGAUUCCAUAGGUUUUGGAUGGUGCUGACCGUUAACUAAUCUUUAUGUGCAUGGUUACAUGACCUUCCUCGUUUACCUUAGGUGAUAUGUGUUACACAGAUGUCAAAUAACUUCGUUCCGGUAUUACUACGAAGCUAGUCGUCCAAGUCGUCGAUCUGGCCGACCUCUCUGCUUUCUUGCCAGUAUUCAUGGUGUUUACACUGGAAUGAUUCCGUUCAGGAUGGCACAGGCCGACGUUAGGAUGGUGACAUGACAUGUCUGGUUGUUGGCUUCCUCUAUGCCUGACACUUGAUAUAUUUCCCCUACCAAAAUAUGAACUGCCAAGACCGGACCAUAGCCACUGCAUCUGAUAUGGUCUUCACCGUUAUAUAGCAAGCCGAAGAGAGGCUCUCUCUCUCUCUCUCUCUCUCUCUCCUGCAUCCAACAUAGGAUAGGAGCAAACAAGCAGCCCUGCCUCGCGCAAUCGCCAAGAUGAAGGGGGGGAACUCACCGCAUGCCGAAGCCGCAGCGCUGUCGCCAUGUGGCCGUCGCGCGGCGAUCCAAGACAUCAGUCGAGCGCAUGAACUCGUGAGCCAACUGCAAGCUGUUCUCCUGCACUUGCCUGCUGGUAGCUGGUCGCAGCUGGGACAAGACAUGGCGAAGCAGAUACUGCAGCUCACCACCUCCGCUCUCUCCACCCUCCAAUUCUGCGGCUGUGGGGCAUCCGACGACGGCGGAACUGGCAAUUGUUCCGGCGAACUGAGCAAGAGCUCGGAGGGAAGGGAUGGGCUUCAUGGCCGUCAGACAAGGAGGAAGAACAAAACAGCGACCAAGGUUAAGACGACUGUGCCCUAUGAGGAUGGCUAUCAAUGGAGGAAGUAUGGGCAGAAAACUAUCAACAAUGCAAUGUAUCCGAGGUGCUACUACAAGUGCACUUACAGGGACGAGCAAGGAUGCCCGGCGACGAAGACAGUGCAGCAACAGGAUAGCUAUGCCGACCCACCCACUUUCAUGGUGGAGUACAGCAUGAAACACACCUGCAAAACCCCCCAGACCAUCUUCCCCGUACUGAUGGUGGAAUCCUCCCCACAGAAAGCCUCCCUCCAUGGCAGCGAUUCCACCGGAUCAUCGGAGUUGCAGGACCUGCACCUUUCUCCUCCCUCGUCGGUCGUCACCCAUAGCGAGAGCCACGACAAGUACUCGUCGAGCAAUGAACAAGAACAGCCAUGUCAACACGAAGGCUUGAUGCCAGUAAACACGCUUGACGAAUUGGAUAUGGAGUCGAUGGAUAUGUUCAUGGGAAACUUUGAUGGAUGGUUCUACGUUGAAUGAGGCCAGUCAACUUUAGACUUCCUACAUAUAUAUAUAUAUAUAUAUAUAUAUAUAUAUAUAGAGAGAGAGAGAGAGAGAGAAGGCUUGAAGAAAGCCUGACUAUAUGAAAAUAAGAUGCCUCUGUUAAUUGCUGUUAUUGAUAGCAGCAAUCAUUUUGUUGAUUGUUAAGUACGAUUGCAAUUACUUAACAUCCAA